UGUUCCCCUCGUUCAUGCCCCGCACUGCAGGAUGGCGACCCCAGACCGUCAAGAGCUCGUCCGCAAUGCAGUCGUCUUUCUCGCUGAUCCAAAGACCCAAGCAUCGUCGCUCGCUCAGCGAGUCCAGUUCCUGGAGGCCAAGGGUCUGACUAGCCCGGAGAUCGACGAAGCCAUGAAACAAGCCGCGCUGCAGAGAGGACAGAUGGCUCUAGGACCGUCUUCUGUCCCAUAUGCGCCAGCUUAUGCUCCGGUCUACGGGCCCUCGCCUUUCGCUGCCCAACCUCCCAUGCAACCUUGGGACUGGAGAGAUUACUUCAUCACCGCUGUCGUCUCUGGAGGCGUCGCUUAUGUCGCAGCGUCACUAUUCAGAAAAUUCGUCCUCCCGCAUCUGCAACCACCGUCGACAACUGCGUAUGAGGCCGACAGAGAUGCGUUGACAUCACAGUUCGAUUCGGCGGAGGCUCUGCUCAAAGAGAUUCAAGCUGAGUCCGCUGCUGUCCGACUCGCAGUCGAGCAGCAGAACGAGAAGGUCGAGAAGGCAACGCAGGAUGUGGAAGAGGUGGUGAAAGAGAUGAGGGAAGGUGAGUCUAGGGCGAGGGACGAGAUGCGCGAGAUCCGGGAUGAAGUCAACAACGUUCGCGAGAUGUUACCGAAGAUGCUGGAUAAGAACAAGGAGAGUCAGCAACAGACAUUGGCAGAAUUACAGCAAGAGCUCAAGUCCAUGAAAGCGCUAUUAUUAAGUCGCGGACCAUCCUCUCCGAGCGGCUUCUCCACACCGAUAGUCCCCAGUAAGCCCGCCAUACCCGCAUGGCAGCUCGCAGCCACUUCGCCCUCGACAACUAUGGCUGGCUCUAGCAUACCGUCGCCGCAGCCUUUACCUAUGUCCCCACCGUUCCCCAACGGAAAAGGCAAGGCAGUGGAGGUACCGUCUGAUACCUCUGCCCCCUCGGAGUCGUAGGGUGCGCUUUCAGUCAUUGUAUACUUCACUGCACUAUGGAAAACAGACAUCAAUUGCGGGUACCAAAAUUGACAUACGUCGUGAGAGACACAAGUCAUUGAAUAGCUCUGUCGGCCUUCAGCCUGAGCCCUGAAUACUAC